CCAAGGGAGUACUUUCCCAGGAAGAUAAGGAGACAGAGAGAGAUUCCUGUGAAGACUUUUGAAUCUCACAAACAACCAGAACCACACGACGGUUUCCUAUUUAACCCGCCGUCUCUGAGCUUCUCUCUGUGUACUGACUCUCAGAAGCAAAGAGAGAGAGAGAGAGAGAGAAAAGGGGGCGAUUCUCUUCAGUUGGCUCAGUGCGUUUCGGUUUUGUCCGAUCUCAGGUCAGGUAGUCAGCGAAGUUUCUGUUAGAAACAAUGGCUGUUUCCGUGAGAUUAAUGGGCAUGAUAGUAGCUCUUUGUGGUGUAGUUUCCUUCAUAUUUGGAGUUGUUGCUGAGAACAAGAAGCCAGCAGCUGGAACUGCAAUAACAGGGAAAGGUGUUGUUAUCUGCAAGUAUCCCUCUGAUCCAACUGUCGUUUUGGGGUAUUUGUCUGUAGGAUUUCUCAUUGCUACUACUGUGGCUGGGUAUUUGUCUCUGUUUUACCCUUACAAAGGAAAAUCUGUUCCACAAAGUGCUUUAUUUAGAAGCACCAGUUUUGUUGUAUUCUUCAACAUUGCUAUAUUUACUACUGGAUUAGCUGCAACAAUGCUAUUAUGGCCAACAAUCCAAGAGCAGAUUCACCAAGCACGCAACAUUCAUAAGAAUCUCGGCACGGAUUGCCCGACAGCCAAGACUGGUCUCCUUGGUGGUGGUGCUUUUUUAUCCCUUGAUUCAUCCCUUUUCUGGCUGGUUGCCCUUAUGUUAGCUGACAAUGCUCGAGAGGACUACCUUGAUGAAACAGGAAAGGAGGGUGUGGUUGAACAAGGUCAGGUUUUCAUAGAUGAUUAUGAUUCACGUCAACCUGCCAAGGGCAGUGUGUGAAGGAAAUAAUAUGCUUUCGCUUUGGGUUUAGGCUUGACUACAUAUCAUGCAUAAUGAUCAACGUUAUGUAAUUGGUGUUGGAUUGUAAAUACUGUCUACUAUCAUUCUGCUCUCAUUUGUCUUCUCUUUUAAGCCGUGGACUGGGUUCUACUUUGUUGCAUAAUAACUUUCUAUAAGGUCGACUCUAUAUUGUUUCUUCA